CCUUUCCAUCAUCCGCCUUCAAGAAAACCAUGAGCAGACUGGGUGUCUUUCACACGCAUGGUGGGUUUUCACUUGUGAUACACACGCCAUGAGUCUGGGACAAGAGCUGUAAAACAAACACAUAAGAUGGAAGUGGAGGAAGACUUCUACUCGUACGAGUUCAGCAACGACGCCGGCCUGGCGGUGUAUAAGGACGGCGAGGAGCUGUUCGCGGCUCUUCGGCAGAAGGAGGAUGAAGUUCUUCUGGCUGCUCAGGUGGGCAAAGCUCUGCUCAUAGAGAACAGACAACUGAAAGAAGACAGAGACACACUCCAGGACAAGUACAUGGAGCAGCUGGAGGAGCUCCAGCAGUGCCGAUACGAGCUGCGGGGCAAGCUGGACAUCUGUCAGGCUCAGUGGCAGAGCCAGGUGUCUGAGCUGGAGCGAGAUGUGCAGGAGCUGCAGGCGCAGGUGGACACACUGACCCAGGCUCUGAGCGAGGCUGACAGCGAGAAGACCAGACUGAAGCAUGAGCACAGCGAGCAGAGCCAGAGACUCAGAGAACAGCUGCAGACGGGUACGGAAGUAGAGCGAACCAUGACCAGCGAGCUUCAAAGGCUAAAACAGGAAAUGAGAGAAAGGGGGCAUGCCAGACCCCAGGAUGAAGAAAUCAUCAAUGCUCUUAGAGAACAGGUAGCACGGCUCACGCAACGGGAGCAAACACUUGAACAGCGCUUGAAGAUGACUUAUCACGAGAAUGAGGAACUUAAAGACAGUGUGUCCUCACUGCACAAACGCCUGGAUUUACAGGAACAACAGAGUCACACACAUAUACAACAGCUGGCAGAGGCCUGGCGAGACGUGGACGGGGCUCGUUCAUGGGCACAUGAGCUGCAGUCUCGGCUAGAGGAGCUGCAGGAGGAAGUGGCCCUCCAGGAGAAAAGCCACAAUGACACUUCUUUACUGUCGGAGCUGGAGAACAAUCUGGACACUGCAGACUGGAGCCUGGACAAAGAACAGGUCUCUCGGGAGGUGCACGUCAUCCUGGAGUUGCUUCAGCCUGUGGCCUACAGAACAGAGGCCGAGCAGAACUCGGAUGACAGCCUGCAGGGCAUGCUGGGACAAUUGAAACAUGCAGCACAAUGGAUAGCACAGAGCGAGACUCUACAGGAGAUGAGAAAGUCCAUUGUGGGACCGGUGAGCGAUCCUUGUGAGAAUGUCAUCCGGACACAGGAGCUACAGGAUCAGAUCGAGCGCCUGAUAGCAGAAAACACUAAGCUCAAGCUGCGACUCGUGGAUGAGGAGGUGGUUCAGCAGGCCAUUAAGGACAGAGACCAUGCCAUCGCAAAGAAGACAGCGAUGGAAGCAGAGCUGCUGAGGACGAAGCAUGAUAUGAUGUGUUUAAACAACCAACUACUGGAAGCCAUUCAGCGUAAACUGGAGCUGUCGCAGGAACUGGAGGCCUGGCAGGACGAUAUCCAGAUUAUCAUCAAUCAGCAGCUGAGGAGCCAACAGCAGACAGAACAGCAGCAACUUCACCCGAAGAGAUCCACGGGGCGUCUUUCUUUCCUGCGUAAGUCCAGACGGCCUUCUUCUUCCCCCACGGUCGUGUCGGCCGAGAUCGGCCCAGAGCAGAACCUGUCCCACUGGAGAGACUGGCUCAGACUGAGCAAAUGAACCUCAGACACUUAUGAUCAAUGCUAAAAACACAUUCUAACUAUGUUAGAAAACAAUGAAAAACAACAACAACAUUUCUUUUCUUGGAGAAAAGUCCUGCCUUCACAUGUGCAAAAACACUUGGUCACAUGUGGAACACACACUUUGCACAUGUGAAAUCCAUGUGAUGGCAUACUCAUGUGGUUUUUCAGGAAGGGUUGGCUGAAUCUCACAAAAAUGCAUUUCUCCCCAAACUCAAAAAAUAAAAAACAAGUCAUAUUUUGAAUGAAGAUAAUGCAUCCUUUUACAAAUUUUGACAAUCAAGCACAUUUUCCUUUUAAAAUUCUCAUAAAUGUAAUGAGUCCAAAAGUUUAGCUUUUAUUUUAUUAGUUUUGUGAAAUGAAUGAGCAAAAAUGAAUAAAAUAUAAAUAUUCUUAAAUAAUUCUUUAUUUAAGAAUUAAACGAAACAUAAAUACUGUGGUACAUACGAUGGUAUAUGAAUAUUUUACCAUUUCAGAAUCCCUGUAUUUUUGCAUUACGGUAAUAGCGAUGAGAUAUUUUGUUGUGGUAGUGAAAUGUGCUGUGGUUGUAAUCUUUUUGUUCCUUUUUCAAUCCUUAUGCAAAAUAGGAUUUCUUUUUUCUUUCUGUUGACUUUGGAGUGAAAUGCUUUGCUUUUAAAGGCUUUUGUGAGAUUUAAUUGUAUAUUAUGAGUAUUUAUACUUACUUUACAGUCAUAUGAUUUUGUAGAAAACGUGUUUAUUUAAAUGGUACUAUUAAUUUACAUGGUAAUUUUUUGCUGCUGUCAAACCCUAAAUGUAAGUGAUGAGAGAAUCAAUACAAUGACAUCAUGCUGGCCAUGAUCUUGUUGAUUUGAAUGGCAUUUCACAUAAUACUAUUAUGAUAUAAUGACAUUACACAGAAAGAAACAUUUACCUGAACUGCAAGUAUGUGGGCAUGAAAGUAUGUUUCAGUAGACUAUAGUGAAAUACUCAAAAUGGUGCUUAAGAUUACAAAAACUGUUCAAUGCAAUAAUGCUCCAUAUCAAAUGAAGAAUCUCAAACUUGUGCCAUUGUAAUGAUCUAAAGCCUAUUCACACCAAGAACGAUCACCGUAAAGAUAACUCGACUAGCAUUCACACCAGCACACGUUUUAAAUGCUUUAAAUGCUCCUUAAAGCAGGAUUGACAUUUUUUAUUGUUCAUCAGCUGGAAAUCGUUCUGAAAGCCAUCCCAACGAUAUAAUUUCUUGACUUUUAGAACCAUAUCUUUAUUGUUGUAGUUAUCAUCCUUGGUGUGAUCGGCCCUUAAAAUGAUUCGAUGGUCUUUGUGCUCUGGCACAGAUCUUCUGCUAGAAGCGAGUUAUCAUUAAUGCUGUUUUUAAAGCUAGUUUUGUAUGUAAUUGAUGUAUUUUUCAAUGUGACAGAUUUAUACAAUUAAAUGUUUUUAUUAUGAA